ACUUGUUCUUAGAAAAAUUGGACUGAAAAUGACCAAACCCCACUUUGAAUUGCUCAGAGUCUUUUGCAAAGAUUCCACGCAAUUUGGGGUCUGAGAGACAGACCACACACCAAAUCAUGAUAAUAUACUGUAUUACCUCUGUGCCCCACUGUGCUUACCUUUUUUCCUCACAUUACCAAAUAAAAAUAUACAAACCCACCACCAAAAUGCUUGGAAGUUGUGCUUGAUCACAAGUUUAGAGGCCAAAAAUGAAAGUGACUGUCACUCAAAUCUUCUUGCUUCUCCUACUUUCCCUUGUUCAUUCAUUUGCUGAGCAAAGGUCCAGUGAAGAAGAAGAAGUUGAAAGAUCUCAGUUCCCAUCUGGGUUUCUCUUUGGAGCAGCCACUUCAUCAUACCAGAUUGAAGGAGCAGUUCUUGAAGAUGGAAAGAGUCCCAACAACUGGGAUGUCUUCUGUCAUAUUCCAGGAGGCAUAAAAAAUGGAGAUACUGGAGACAUUGCAGACGAUCAUUACCAUCAAUUCUUGGAGGACAUUGAGAUAAUACAUUCAUUAGGAGUAAAUGCAUACAGGUUUUCAAUUUCCUGGUCCAGGGUUCUGCCUAGAGGAAGGCUUGGCGAAGUUAAUCCAAAAGGUGUGAUGUUCUACAGCAAAAUUAUAGACAAUCUCCUGCUAAAGGGUAUUGAGCCAUAUGUGACAAUAUACCAUCAUGAUCACCCGCAAGAGCUUGAGGAAAGAUUCGGGGCUUGGCUAAGUCCUCUUAUGCAGGAAGAGUUUGUCCAUUUUGCUGAAACAUGUUUUGAGAAUUUCGGAGAUAGAGUGAAGUACUGGACAACAAUAAACGAGCCAAACCUAUUAGCAGAAAUGGCCUAUUUGUGGGGGAGAUACCCACCAGCACAUUGUUCAGCCCCUUUUGGCAAUUGCAGCAGCGGCAACUCUGAUACAGAGCCUCUCUUUGUGUUGCACAACAUGUUACUCUCCCAUGCCAAGGCUGCUAACAUCUACCGCCAUAAAUAUCAGUUAAAGCAAGGUGGGUUUAUUGGGAUCAUUGCAAAUACAUUAAUGUGUGAACCAUUGAGGGAUAUCGAGCUUGACCGUGAAGCUGCAAAGAGGGCGUUGGCAUUUUAUAUAGCCUGGAUGUUAGAUCCCCUGGUGUUUGGAGAUUACCCUCCUGAAAUGCGCCAAUAUCAUGGGAAUGAGCUACCAAGGUUUACUUCAGAGGAAACAAAGUUGUUAACACAAAGUCUGGACUUCAUCGGCAUUAACCAUUACACAACUCUGUAUGCCAAGGACUGCAUCCAUUCUACUUGCAGCUCCGAUGGAGACCGGGCAAUUCAAGGCUUUGUGUAUCUUACAGGAGAGCGACAUGGUGUGCCAAUUGGUGAACGUACGGGGAUGAGGAGAUUCUUUAUAGUUCCCAGAGGGAUGGAAAAGAUCAUCGAGUAUGUUAAAGAAAGAUACAACAACAUGCCCAUGUUUGUGACUGAAAAUGGAUAUUCUCCACCAGAGAAAGAAGAUGAACAAGAAGAAGACUUGGUACAAGAUGCCAAGCGAAUUGAGUUCCAUAAAGCCUACCUUGCUGCUUUGGCCCGGGCUAUAAGGAAUGGUGCUGAUGUCCGAGGCUAUUUUAUAUGGAGCUUGAUGGACAACUUCGAGUGGGUGUAUGGUUACAACACCAGAUUCGGACUUUACUAUGUGGAUCGUCAGACUCUUAGGCGAACUCCCAAGCUUUCUGCAAGAUGGUAUGCAAAUUUUUUAACCAACAGUGGCCACAACCAUGUAGAGGAUGCUAAUCCAGGCUCAUUCAAAAUCAAAGAUGCAUACUUUCUAGACUGAACACCCAGAAACCUGAAAUGUAAUUCUAUCUCAAAUUCUCAAUGCAUCUUGUUCUUUCCUUCUAA